AUGGCCGCCCACCAAAACCUUCCGACUCCUCACGACAUUGCUACAGCAGAAGAAGAGCCAAUCAUCAAGAAUGAAACAGAACUGCCAUGUAGUGUGAUGAAUCGAAAGGAGACUCGUUGGCGGUUCCUGCCUUGUUUUGAUUGCUCUUGUGGGCGCUUGGUGGGCGGCGUUUGUCUGCUGAUCGCCGUCAUUUUGGUGUUGACGGCGCAAGUUGAAUACGGCGAGACCCAAAAGAAUCGGCUGGGCGCUGCAUCGUAUUGGUGGACCGCAACAACAGAAGAGCAGGAGCAACCACAACAAUUCUCAUGUCGCAUGGGUUCCGGAUUUGAAGUGCAGUUGCCGCAGGUGCCAGAUUUGAUCAUUGCCGGAGCUCCCAAAUGCGGCACUACCACGCUGGCGCAUUGGCUACUAGAUCACCCCAAAGUAUUGCCGACCAAGAAAUGGGAGUGUCAUUUCUUUACCACUGGCAUUCAUCCGCGAGAAUUUGAGCCUCUACUGGAAGGCAGCAGCAGUGGCAGCAACCGACACGAAAAGAAGGACAAUUUGAUUUGUGAACUUCGAAAGCGAUAUCUGCAUCAAUGGCCAGCAUUGUCUCCAACACACAACAAAAGAGGAGAUGGUACCAGCAGUAGUACUCGAGGCAAGAGUAUGAUGCAUGAACGCCACUACACCUUUGACAAGACACCCGACUACCUCUAUCCUUCUCGAGUGCCGGCGCUCAUCCGGGCUCUCUUUGCCGAGUCGGAGCAGAGACCCAAGAUUGUGGUUCUCUUGCGCAACCCAGUGGAGCGUGCUUACUCGCACUAUCGCAUGGGACAGCGAAUGAUGAGGGAAGAGCAUGUCCCAUUCGAAGACUUUAUUUCCAGGGAAAUCAAACUAUUGCGCGAAAUGGGGCUCUUUGUGGCACACGACGAAGACUCCGAUCCAACAACUAGCAUAGUAGGGAGCAAACAAGAACAGCUCUCUCUUCCUGAACUCGACAAACUGUUUGAUCAAGUAUCCGAUCAACUCAAGGGACACAAUUACCUCUCCAGAGGGUUGUAUGCGAUGCAACUCGAACGCUGGUUUCGCCAUGGAUUGGGAGAUGAUCUGCUGGUCCUUCCCUUCCCAUACUUGGAAACACAACCAGAGCAAGUGUACUCUGCCAUUUUGGAACUGGUGGGUAUGCCAACACACACUUUGAGUGACGAACUCUUGCACAAACAGUUCAAUUACAACAAUGCCUUGACUGAUCCACUCCAUAAUUCAACGAGAAAUAUGCUGGCGACGUUCUUUCAUCAAGCCAACCAAGACUUGGUCGAGUUGCUGGAGAGACACAAUCACAGCCAAAACUAUGACUGGCAAAAGGUGCUUGUGGAAUAA